AUGAAUGGAGAUAACAAUGUUUUGUGUUGUGCAUGUCUCUGCGGAGAUAGAAAAAUGGUGCGUCUUGAAGGUGUUUCAAUGAAACGGUGUUUUUUAGAAAUAGUCAAUGAAAUGCCGAGUGAAAUUAAACCGGAGAUACUGGAUACAGUAGAAGAGAACAACUUAUCAUCACAUUCAGAUAAUUUUGAUGAUGACACAAAACUAAUAGAAUACAGUAACCGAAAGAAAAAGAAGAAAUUAAAAGUAAGAAAGAAGAGAAAAGAGAAGAAUGAUGAGACAGACGUAAUUAAAGAAAUAGAGUUGACAAUGCAAGAGUUAACAGAGGAAAGAAGAAUGUUAGUGGAGAGAGAAGAUGAAAAGCAAGACGCCAGAGAGUCGUUCCCUUGCGAGUUCUGUGACAAAAUAUUCCGUUGGAAGACAUCUUUGCGGAAACAUAUAGAAAUGCACAGAAUAGAAACGGGACAGAAGAGGAAGCCUUAUUGUGAACCGUGCAGAUUAUCAUUUUCAACUACAUUCAAUCUUCAAAAGCAUACGAGAACAAGUUCUAAACAUAAAAUACAACUGAAGCUCUGGUAAGUUAGUUUAACAUUUGUACUUAUAUGCAGAGGCGGACUAAGGGGGCAAAGGGGUCUUCCAAAUCCCUUGAUCAAAUCGUAAAUUGGGGUAUAAAUUACUUUUACAGCCUUUCUAAUGUCCAGUUUCAUAGUUCUCGUUUUUAGUUAAUGCUACAGCCAUUCGCUAAAAUCAUAAUAAUAUAAAGUCAAAAAUGUAUAGGAGGGGGGGAUCUGGUUGUAAACUCAAUAUCAGGUUUCUGCCCCGUGGCUUUAUUGUAUAAUUUUAAAAUCUAUAACAAUCUUUUUCAAAAGUAUUGCGGUUGUGAUAGCGAUUUACGAUUACGUUUAAAGUUACAAUCGCUUUUGGAACGAAUGAUAUAAAUGUCAUAGACAAUUCAUUUCGUUUGACAUUUCCCAAUAGCUUUCAAACAUAAUUGCAACUGUCACUUUGCUUAGACGAUUCCGAUUAACCUCAAAUAAACGUUAUCGUAGAGUAGCUCGGUGGCGUAGUGGAUAAGCGCCGCGGCCCGCGAUCGUAGUCGUUAAGCAACUUUCGCAAGAGUCGGUCACGGGAUGGGUGACCGAAAAAUUAUUAUCUCGAGCCACUCCGUGCUUCGGAAGGCACGUUAAGCCGUUGGUCCCGGCUGCAUUUGCAGUCGUCAAUACCCUCCAAUCCGCAUUGGGCCAGCGUGGAGGGUCAUGGCCCAUCCUCCUUAACCAUCCAUAAGGAAGGCCUGAGCCCCUGCAGUGGGGACGUAAAAGGGCUGGUGAUGAAACGUUAUCGAUCAAUAAAUAUCUUUAAAAAAAACGUAAUCGCAAUUCCUGUCACAUGCCCAAUAGUUGUAGCGUGAAGUUCGUGAAUAUCUUUCAAAAGUCAAAUUCAAAGUGAUUGUGAUAGAUCUUAAAAUUAGUCUGUUGGGCGACUGCAGGCCUUCUUUGUGGAUGGUUAAGAAAGAUGGGCCAUUAUCCACGCGGGCCCAAUCCGGAUUGGAGGGCAUUAACGACGGGCCGUGACCGACCCUCGCGAUGGUUAUAAUAAUAAUUCUUUAUUGAGUAACAU